CUGCGUGUCAAUCACGGGAGGGUGAGCGGCGUCCCUUUAAAAGCCAGCUGCCUAAGCAGUGCUUCUCAUUGCUGUUUGGAGAUCCUGAGGGUUCCCAGAGAAGUCACCGAGAUUUCCGUUUGCCAUCAACAUUUUCGUUGAUCGUCGAGAAUUUUCUUGCCUCGGCGGAAUGUUCUACUCGGACAUCCUGAGAGAAACCCGACAGCAGCAGAUGGAUAUCCGAGAGGCUGCCUCUCUGCGCCAGCAGAGGCGAAUGAAACAAGCCGUUCAGUUCAUCCAUAAAGACUCGAUGGAUCUACUGCCCCUCGACGGCGUCAAAAAACUGGGCACAUCCAAAGAAACCCAACCACACAACAUUUUGCAGAGACGUUUGUUAGAAAGCAACUUGUCAAAACUUCGAGCCAACAAUCGAGGGACUUGGCCUUCUAAUAAUUCAUUUCCGAUGCAGAGCAAUAGCUUCCAUCAGAUUAAACAGGAAUUUCACAGAGCUCAUGAUGAUGAUCUGAUAUUUGUGUGUUGCAAGUGUGCUGGAUUAGAGAUGAAAUUACAGAUUGACACCGGCUCUCAAAAUAAUCUCAUUUCAUCUGCCUGUGUGGAUAAACUAGGGCUGAAGGAAUAUGUGAAAACAGAAAGGAAUGAAAUGGAAAAAAUGGGAAUGCCCUUUCUGUCAAAGGUUAUUGGCCAAAUGGACAACAUUGCAAUUUCUGUAGGGCAACUGAAUAUUAAGUGUUCAGCAGUUGUGGUGGAUGAUGAUAAGAAAAUUCUCUCUCUUGGAUCACAGACAUUGAGAUCUUUGAAGUGCAUAAUAGACAUGGAAAAACAAUAUUUAAUUCUUGGAGAGAAGGAGAAAGAGGAGAUUCCAUUUCUGAAUACGGAGAGCUGUUUGAAUGAAGAUGGAUGUUGAAAUAAGUGACAGAAGUAAACAUUCGAUUUACAGAAGUGCUCUUUGGUGGUUCGUACACAAAUAUGUCACAACAAGCAUCUCCCAUCCAGCCUUCUCCCUGUGCUUUCUCUUCAGUACAAGUGUUCAGAAAUAACAUGGAACUUAGAUUGUCAUUUAACCUUUUCAAUCUUUCACUUCUGAAUACAGUAUGCAAAGAAAAUAACAGAAUGAAUUUCCAGUGCAUUUAAAAAAAAAAUUAUUGAUGUUUAGCAUUGACUUUGAAAAAAAAAGUUGUUCUAUUUGAGCUUUCCACAUGUGGUAUGGAGUUUCACUUCUGUCAGACUUGUGGAUUUGCUGUUGCAUCUCCACAAUGUAAUUUGUGGUAUUCUCUGACAAUCCCAGCAUUUACACUUUGUGACAUUUGUUAUUUUCUAUAGCAUAACAAAUAGCUAGUCUGUAAUUUUUAUAUUAUAUAU